AUGUCGGCCAAGGUGCGUGAUCUUCGCUUAUCAAGUUUUGGCGACACGUCACGCCGACGAUGUCCUUCGUGGCUGGCCGGUUGGGUUGCGCGGAGUGACUGACAGCCCCAAAUCGCUUCGCCCCCCCUCCAUCAGCCUAUCCGCGAAUACGAUGGUCAGUGAGAGUGCUUAACUCAAUUAUGUGCCAUAGCAGCAUGGUGAUUGACGACUUCAAGCUCUGUCCUCUUGGUUCAUAUUCAGCCAAGUUGCUCUUGGCAUAUCAUCUCAAUCACGCUGCUCAGUUCGGCACGGAGUGCACGGUCAGACCCGGCUGGAAAGCCCCCAACACCCGUGUAGCCCAGGUAUGUCAUCGCUCGGGUUAUUCUUUUGCGUGUCGAGGAAUCCAUCGAAUGUAUCGAUCACUCUCUCGGGCUUCGAAACCGACAAUGCUUUUCCACCCAACGCCGGUCACAGGAGUCUCCUGUCCAUGCGAAGCGGGUCGGUCGGGGCCUCGUUGCUCGCAUGGUCUCACUAGCGUUGAGUUGCUUCUUCGUGUGUGCACAUGCUCUCAACGCAGUAUUGUGUGGGAGCACCUCACCUGAUCUUGUUCGGAUCGGGUUAGCUGCCUCGAGUCGAGAAGCGGGACCGGAGGAGAUGUUCCCUCUCCCCAACCCGCGUCGACUCUAUGAUUUGCCAUGGAACCGAUCACGCUCUACGGCCCACGAUGCCGAGCGAGCUCGUGAACAACCUAGUUUUAUUCAAUAUGCGCACCCAUUACCUUACUGACCUUUUUCACUUCGUCCUCUGCACCCUCCGGAUCUAGGUCCAAUGGGACCCGGCCACGGGCGACGUGACUCGCGACGAGGCGCUCCCCGCGUGGGUUUUCACGGACAAGCUCGUUGUCAAGCCCGAUCAACUCAUUAAGCGUCGUGGCAAGGCUGGCUUGCUGUAAGUCCAAUAUUUUGCGCUGCCCGGUCGCAGGAAGCCCACUGCCACUGCCACUGCCGGCCAGCUGAUUGGUAAGCUGGUCCUUCCUGGGAUAUUCGAAUCAGCGCUCUGAACAAGACCUGGGCCGAAGGCAAGCAGUGGAUCGCCGAGCGCGCCGGCAAGCAAGUUCAAGUGAGUUCGAUCAAUAAUUUUCCCGCUGGGUGCUUCGCCCAGGGCUGACUGUUCGUUUUUCACGCCGCUGGCCGUGCAGGUUGAGAAGACGACGGGCACGCUCAACACGUUCAUAAUCGAACCCUUCUUGCCUCACCCUGCCGGCUCGGAGUUCUACAUCUGCGUCAACUCUGUUCGUGAAGGCGACAUGAUACUCUUCACCCACGAAGGCGGUGUCGAGGUCGGUGACGUCGACGCAAAAGCCCUCACCCUCCUCGUCCCCGUCGGCGGCGAAUUGCCCGCCCGCGAUACCAUCAAGGCAGGCCUCCUCAAGGACGUCAAGACGGGCGAGGUCAAAGAAGCGCUUGUGGACUUCAUCGCCAGACUUUACUCGGUUUACGUCGAUCUCCACUUCGCUUAUCUGGAGAUCAACCCGCUCGUUGCGGUCGAGGUUGAAGGCAAGACCGAGAUUUACUAUCUUGACAUGGCCGCCAAGCUCGAUCAAACUGCGGAGUUCAUCGUCGGUCCGAAGUGGGCAAUCGCUCGCGAUCCUUCGAUCUUCAACCCCCAAGCCGUCGCGCAGAAAGUCAACGGCAAGAUUUUAGCCGAUCGUGGACCGGCGAUGGUCUGGCCGCCUCCCUUCGGCCGAGAUCUGACCAAAGAAGAGGCCUACAUCGCCAAGCUCGAUUCAUCGACGGGCGCCUCGCUCAAGUUGACGGUUCUCAAUGCCGAGGGCCGUGUGUGGACCAUGGUCGCUGGUGGUGGAGCCUCAGUCGUCUACUCGGAUGCGAUUGCCGCUCACGGCUUCGCUCACGAACUCGCCAACUACGGCGAGUACUCCGGCGCACCCACCACGAAUCAAACGUACGAGUACGCCAAGACAAUUCUUGACCUCAUGACUCGCGGCACGCCUCGCAGUGAUGGCAAGCUCCUGUUCAUUGGUGGUGGUAUCGCCAACUUUACCAAUGUUGCUGCCACCUUUAAGGGAAUCAUCGCUGCUCUCAAGGACUAUCAGCACAAGCUCCAGGAACACAAAGUCCGCAUCUUUGUUCGUCGCGGUGGCCCCAACUACCAGGAGGGUCUCAAGGCGAUGCGCCUGCUCGGUGAGACGCUAGGCGUAGAGAUCCAAGUUUUUGGCCCCGAGUCCCACAUCACCACUAUCGUCCCUCUCGGCCUCGGCAUUACCAAGACCGCCGCUUCGCUUGAGUCGCUUGCACCUGAAAUCCCUGCCGCUGGCACGCUCACUCCGAUCGCCCCCAGCUCGCCUUCGGGCAAAUCAGCCGCGCUCCCCGCGCAGCCUCCCCGCCAGCAAGCUGGCGCGCGUGAUGGCAUCGUUUCGUUCGACUCGAUACCCGUCGACGGCGAGCGACCUUGGUUCCGCCCUUUCGACGAGAGGACUCGCUCGCUCGUCUAUGGCCUUCAACCGCGAGCGAUUCAGGGCAUGCUCGACUUCGAUUUUGCCUGCGGCCGCGAGACGCCUUCCGUUGCCGCCAUGAUCUACCCCUUCGGUGGACAUCACGUUCAAAAAUUCUACUGGGGUACGCAGGAGACACUUCUACCCGUGUUCACCUCCGUCGCCGAAGCCGUCAGAAAGAGCCCCGACGCCGACGUUGUGGUCAACUUUGCCUCGUCGCGUUCCGUUUACUCGUCGACCCUCGAAUGUCUCGAGUUCCCUACUAUCAAGGCCAUCGCUCUGAUCGCCGAGGGUGUCCCUGAACGCCACGCACGUGAGAUUCUGCACCUCGCACAAAAGAAGAAGGUAACCAUCAUUGGUCCCGCUACGGUCGGUGGCAUCAAGCCGGGUUGCUUCCGUAUUGGAAACACCGGAGGGUGAGUCAAACGAUCUCUCUGAUUUGAUACAGCAACCACAUCUACUGAUGCCGAAUCCUCUUGGUUUGGUGCUUUACUCUUACAGUAUGAUGGAUAAUAUUCUCUCUUCCAAGCUCUUCCGAGCGGGAUCGGUCGCAUAUGUCUCCAAGUCCGGAGGUAUGUCGAAUGAGCUUAACAACAUUCUUUCGCUCACGACCAACGGCACCUACGAGGGCGUCGCAAUCGGUGGUGAUCGUUACCCCGGUACCUCCUUCAUCGAUCACCUUCUCCGAUACGAAGCGGACCCCAACUGCAAAAUGCUGGUGCUUCUCGGAGAGGUCGGUGGUAUCGAGGAAUACCGUGUCAUUGACGCGGUCAAGAGCGGUCAGAUUAAGAAGCCUAUCGUCGCGUGGGCCAUCGGAACUUGUGCCAAAAUGUUUACAACCGACGUGCAGUUCGGCCAUGCCGGCUCCAUGGCCAACUCGGAUCUCGAAACGGCCGAAGCCAAGAAUAACGCCAUGCGUGCCGCCGGAUUCAUCGUUCCUCCGACCUUUGAAGAUCUUCCUCGCGCACUCAAGACGACUUACGAAAAGCUAGUCGCCGACGGCACGAUCGUGCCCAAACCCGAGGUUGCGCCCCCUACGAUUCCCAUCGACUACAAGUGGGCACAAGAGCUCGGGAUGGUUCGCAAACCGGCGGCAUUCAUCUCUACCAUCUCUGACGAGCGCGGGCAAGAACUGCUCUACGCCGGUAUGCCCAUCUCGGACGUGUUCAAAGAAGACAUCGGCAUCGGUGGUGUCAUUUCCCUGCUCUGGUUCAAGCGCCGCCUGCCCCCGUACGCGUGCAAGUUCCUCGAGAUGGUGCUGAUGCUCACCGCCGACCACGGACCCGCCGUUUCCGGCGCAAUGAACACCGUUAUUACCACUCGUGCCGGCAAGGAUCUCGUCUCUUCCCUUGUGUCGGGUCUCCUGACCAUCGGUGACAGAUUCGGAGGUGCGCUCGAUGGUGCUGCCGCCGAGUUCAGUCGAGCCAUGGAUCUGGGCCUCUCGCCUCGCGAGUUUGUCGACUCGAUGCGCAAGGCCAACAAACUUAGUAAGCAUCGGUUCGUAACCCGCUCUUUUCGUAUCGUCUUCGACUGACUUGUUCGUCUGUUUUUAACAUGUUCAGUUCCUGGUAUUGGCCACAAAAUCAAGUCAGUAGCUAAAUAUUCUCUGUACACCCUCGCGCAGAAGCUGACAGAAGAAAAAUCUUCGCCGUCUUAGGUCGAAGACGAACCCCGAUCUUCGUGUCGAGCUGGUCAAGCGAUACGUGCACGACAACUUCCCGUCCACCAAGUUCUUGGACUACGCGCUCGCGGUUGAGGAGGUCACCUCUGCCAAGAAGGAUGUGAGUCAGCAGCUGUGGCAAUCAAUCGCCUGUCAGUGCCGUCCUGACCUCGUGUUCACCGGCGUCCCGUUUUUGCGCAGAGUCUGAUCCUUAACGUCGACGGAGGUACGGACUGUUUUUCCGGAUUUUUGAGCAAGCAUCAUCUGACACAUCCGGUUUGCUUCCACAGCUAUUGCCGUCUCAUUUUGCGAUUUGCUACGCUACUCCGGCGCUUUCAACGCGGAAGAGGCUGCCGAGUACAUGCAGAUUGGUACUUUGAACGCUCUGUUCGUGGCAGGCCGCACUCUUGGUUUCAUUGGUAAGCCCCUCUGCUCCCGGUACCUCGACCUGUCGAGUCCCGGCUUAAUGCUGUGCGCGCUUUGCAGGUCAUCACCUCGAUCAAAAGCGCCUCAAGCAGCCGCUCUACAGGCAUCCUGCGGACGACAUUUUCAUCACGCCGUUCGACCAAACGCGCGUGCUCGUCACUCAGCGUCAUGCCUGA